CUGCUUGUUCUUCUUCGCUGUCUCUCAAAAAUAAAUGUUAAAAAAAUAUAUUUAAAUAGAAAUGCUGGAAUUCAAGAGAGUAAAGUUCCCAACCAGGCUGUCAUUAAGGAGCCCUGUGGUUUGGGAGAAUUGGUCUUAUAUGGGCAGCCUCUGUUUUCUCAUCUGAAAGGCAAGCCUUAGACUAGAUUUUGAAAUCCCUGUCAGCCUUGACUUUUUGUGGUUGUAAAUUUAGUGUAGGUAAUUGCAUAUUCACUUGACAAAUGUUUACUGAGCUGGGUUCCAGGAACUAGUUGGGGGUUAAAAAAAAAUCUCAAUCUUAGGAGCUCACAGACUGAAGGAACAAAACAAAAUAGGGGCAGCUCAGCCACAAUAAGAGACUGAGUGUUAAAGAGGCAGAAGCCUGCCCUGGGGAAGGGCAUUCUAGGCAAAGAAAUGGCUGUACAAAGGCAGGAGGCCUGGAGACAAAGAAUUGUUUGAGUCAAAUGGCUUUUGUAUGCAGAGAGGUAUGCCUUACAUCCCACAAAAGCUGAAAUCUAUUUCAGCCAGGGGAACAUUCUCAACUGGAAAACAGCCAGAUGGGGCAGGCUGCAGCCUAAACUGUUCAAAUUCAGGAAAGGUCCCAGCAGGUUCUCUCAGGGUUUCCUGUGAAAUCUGAUUUCUUUCUCCUCAUCAAUCUAUGGCGGUUCGAAGGCCACUCACACUGUUUCCACCUUCCCAUUCACGACAGGCCCAGGCCUGGGCACAAGCGGCUAACCAGUGUUUGGAAUUCUGUUGGUACUUGGUGGGAUUUGGGGGGAAGGGCAAAGUCUAACGGCAGGUUAGGCUCUCGGAACGGGGCAGGGCAAUUGCCCCCGACAUGACCCGACCCACGCGAGUAGUUGAAGUCUAAGGGGGUGCGGCGGGGCUUGCUCCUCGCUCAUUGGUCGGCAGAGAAGUGCUACCGAGGAAACCUUGUUGCUAGAGGCAAAGAACGAGAGCCCAUAGGUCAGGACACCUCAGAAUACCUCCAGCAGCGCUCAAGAUUCUUCCGAGUGGUUCGCUGCCUGCCUCAGGAGACCCCUGUUGCCUCGACGCCUGCCAGGCUGCUUGGCGCCCUGGAACGAGCGCUCCCAAGCCCACCCCCGUUCCCCAUUGGCUGUCGUGGGCGCCGCCGCCCUCUAACGACGAGGGAGGCGCAAAGCACCCGUGGGCGUGCUCCCUGCGGCAGGAUCUAGUCCCGCGGCGGGGCCGGCGACCCUGCCGGGACUACAGGUGCCAAGGCAGAGUGCAAGGCCCAGGCGCCCUGCACCCUCGCGGAGGACCCCCGUUCUCCCUCGGGAGCUGGUCUGGAGCCCAACCCGGACCUACCCUUGGGGAGUUCCACACCUUCAACCUAGAACCCAACCUGAAAGGCUCCAGUAAGUUCGAAAUACUCACGCGGUGUGUGAACCCGCCCAGAGCAGACGGAGUGGGGGAGGAGGGCGUCCCAACUGUUGUGUGUGCUGUCCGUGCCUCCAUUUAUUCUCGCCUUAAUCGUUUAGCCACUGAUUAUUUAUUGGCUCAUUUAUUCUGAGGCCACCUCCAGGGCCACCUCGCCAACCCCUUCGUCCCAACGGUGUUGGGAAGUUCGGUGCCUCAGAGAAUUCCGAUUGAGAUUCGAACGGAGGAGUGGCCAAGACGAGGGUGAAACCCCAUUGGGACAAUGUUCUAUUAUCCCAACGUGCUUCAGCGGCACACCGGCUGCUUCGCCACCAUCUGGCUGGCAGCAACACGCGGCAGCCGGUUGGUGAAGCGUGAGUACCUGAAGGUGAACGUGGUGAAGACCUGCGAGGAAAUCCUCGAUUAUGUGCUGGUGCGAGUGCAGCACCCGCUGCCCGGGCUACCGCGGCCCCGCUUCUCCCUGUAUCUCUCAGCACAGCUGCAGAUCGGCGUGAUCCGGGUCUACUCCCAGCAAUGCCAGUAUCUCGUAGAGGACAUCCAGCACAUCCUGGAGCGCCUGCACCGUGCUCAGCUGCAGAUCCGCAUUGAUAUGGUGGAGACUGACCUACCCAGCCUGCUGCUUCCUAACCGCCUGACCAUGAUGGAGACCCUGGAAGAUGCUCCAGAUCCCUUUUUUGGGAUGAUGUCUGUGGAUCCCACACUUCCCAGCCCCUUCAGUAUUCCUCAGAUUCGACACCUUCUAGAGGCUGCAUCCCCAGAGAGACUUCCAGAAGAGAUCCCUCCUGAAGUUCCUAUGGAGCCUAAGAAGCCAGACAGGAUCCCGGUUACUGUGGUGUCCCCAGAGGCCAUCACCCUCCAAGAGGCGGAGCCCAUAUGCAUGCUGCAGAUCGAGGGUGAACAGGACCUCCCAGAGGUUAGCCGACGAGACUUGGACCUGCUGAUUGCUGAGGAAGAUGAAGCAAUCUUGUUAGAGGAACGUCAAGUGUUCAAGGAGGAGCCCCGGGCUCUGGAGAGAGACAUCACAGUACCCCCGCUUUCCCCUCCAGCUCUCGCACCGGUGGAAGGGGCAGCAGAGCCACUUCCGGCCCCGGCCCCCGAGGAGCUGAAGCCACUGGCCCGGGAGCCCGAGGCCCUCCUUGCUGAGGUGACCCCUCCGCCAGAGCUGCGUCUGCCAGCCCCUCCCAGCCCGGAGCAGAGGCCGCCCCCAGUGGCCCCAUAUCCUGCAAGCCCACCUGCUCGACGCCGUCGCCGCCAGUUACUAUUCUGGGACAAGGAGACUCAGAUCUCUCAGGAGAAAUUCCGGGAACAACUGCAAACCAGAGCCCACUGCUGGGAGUGUCCAAAGGUGCAGCCUCCCGAGAGGACCAUGAGAAGCCCCAUGGAGCUAUUCCGAACCCCAACUCACUCUGGCUGGCUACCCCCAGAACUGCUGGCUCUCUGGACCCACUGUGCUCAGCCACCCCCAGAAGCACUCAGGCGAAGGCCUCCCCAGGAGCCUGAAGAGGCUGAGGUGGAGGUUGCAGCUGAGGAGAUGAGGAGGGCCGAGACACUGAGCGACAUAGAGGUCCUGAGAGAGGCCCAGGAGCCCAGCGGGCCCCUCAUGCUGUCUUCAGCUGCCACCAUCCCUGCUCCACCUGACUGCCGUGUUCUCCCAGGGCCUGGGCUGAAGCAGAGCAGCCAGAGCCUCCUGCGCUGCCUGUGGUGCCUGAACUCCCUGAAGUGCCCAUGGAGUUGCCUCUGGAGCCCGAGCUGCUGUCGCUGGAGGCUGUGUAUAGGGCAGUGGCACAGGAGCUGCAAGCCAACAGGGAGCCUGAUUUCAGCAGCCUGGUAUCCCCACUCAGCCCCCGCAGGAUGGCUGCCCGGGCCUUCUAUCUGCUGCUGGUGCUUGCGGCGCAACAGAUCCUUCGUGUGGAACAAGAGAAGCCGUACGGGCGCCUUGUGAUCCAGCCAGGGCCCCGAUUCCACUGUGGUUAGAACCAAUUCACAAAGCUGCCAGGAUACUGGUAACAUUAAAUACAUCUUGCGUGCUUCGAACGUCUCCGUGCUUUCUGCUGUUAGAGCUACUGGUUUUCAAGCAGAAGUUGAACUGCCUUUAUUAGGGUAGGAGGUCAAGGCUCCGUUCGUGUUGUCCCACAGCAGAACAGAUCCGGAGAUGUAGGCAGCGGACAGGGCUGAGUCUCCAAGUGGUUAUGAGGCCCAGAAUCUUUGGUAAGGCAUGAGCUGCACUGGGGCCAAGGCCGGCUCUGUUCUCUCUGGUCCUGCUGCAGCCCAGUCUAGGUGAGGCCCAGGACGGCCUGGAGCUCCUGAGCUUUGUCACCAGGCAAUGAGCCCAGUGCUGAGUGGAAGCUGUCUGUGUGCUGUCUGGCCAAGAAUGUCAGGAGCAGCAGCAGGGCGGCCUUAGUAUCUGGGAGGAGAGUGCAAAGGGAGAGAUCCCGGAAGGACUGCCUUCCGCCGCCAACAGCUGCCCCAGGCCCUGCCCAUGCCUGCCCCCCUCACCUGGUGGGAUCUUAUUGUCAGCCAGACUGAGGCUGCAGAUGCGCAGGAGCUCAGGAGCCACAUCUAGGACCUGGGGGAAAAGAAAGGCUGACUUAGGGGCAGCGGCACCCCUGGGCUCCAGGUCUGGGUUGGGGAGUCAGGACCAAAGAAAGAGAGGGAGAAUCUCCUGCCAGGGAUACUUUGAGUGUGAUACUGAUUCAUAUCUAAGACAACCAGGAAACAUGAGAAGGACCCAUGAAAUGCGGCAGCACUAAUUUUUUUUUUUUUGAUAGGAUUGUGACCAAAGAGGACUGAUUAAUAAAUUAAAGACCAAAAGAA